AUGCCUAUUAACUAUUAUUAUUAUGCCUUGGCUGAAAAGCAGGGGGCAUUCUUGCUUACCGCACGACCAAUCAUAGCAGCACUUACUGUACUGGAUCACCCCAGUGAAGAGGAAGAGGGUCCAGAUCCUGAUCUAGUUAAGGGUAUUCUUGAAGAUGCCCUAGUCCUUCUAGGCAAUGCUAAUGUUCGUCUAAAUACAUGGCGACAGCGUCGAUUUUCUGAGUACCUAACUGAGGUUGGCAAGCGUACCCUUAAGGAAGAGAUUCCAUCUGAUCAACACCUCUUCCCAGAUCGGUUUCAUGACCGUAUCAAAGAUGAGCAUAAUUAUACAGCCACCAAUAAAAAUUUGAUCAGCAAACCGCAUGACAAAGACCUGUCUUCGCCAAGAUUCAUUCCUUCUCGGCAGCCCUUUAAUUUCGUGGUCGCUCAGGAGCCACUAGCCGGGGUAAUGGCAGUCGAAAACGAAGGUGGAACUAUACCCCCCGAGAUAACAAUCCGGGAACCUCAUAAAGAUUCCAAUCCAGAACUGGGUCAGCAGCAGGCAAAAGCUGACUAUCCGUUUCCACGAUUAACAAACAUACGAUUGCACACAUUCCCAACUGCAGGCCGCCUAAUUCAUUGUUUAGAAAAUUGGAAGAUAAUCUCUCAGGAUCCUUAGAUCCUACAAACGGUACAGGGUUACAAAAUACCUCUGAUCGGUUCUCCACACCAAUGGAGAUUGAGAGAGACCAAUCCUCCAUUACGACAGCAGUACCUCAUGGACAAUGCAGUUCAGGAGUUGCUCAACAAAGCAGCAAUCAAGCUGGUCCAACCAGUUCCGGAUCAGUUUGUGUCAACUUUAUUUCUAGUGGAGAAAGAGAACAAUUCUGGCCAGUAUCGUCCCGUCAUAAACCUUCGUGCCCCGAACCAAUUUGUGGAACCCCAGCCAUUUAA